AUGUCAAGCUGUCAAAGCAUGUCAAAUCCCGAAGAGUAUCCUCUACCCUCAUGGCAAACUUGCUUUGACCAGCUUCCAAUCGAGCUUGUUGAAAUUAUUUUUGAAUUCUUGGAUGAUCAAUCGCGAAUGCAUUCGGAACGAGUGUGCUCAAAAUUUCAUCGUGCAUGUAAUCAAGUCGAAAUUAGAGAAUUGCGAGCAUGGUGGAGAAUUGUCAAUUCUUGUUUGAAAUUACCGCUUGUGGAAGAACCUGCUUUUACUGAUGAUGAGAUGCUCGAAAAUUAUUUUCAAAAUAAUGUCUCCAAAUACCACAACAUUUUGAAAAAGUUCCAACCACAAAACUUACCAAAUUUGGCAUUUCAUGUGAGAGAGUUUCUGAAAUUUAAUAAUGGCAAAAUUCACUCAUCAUCAAGAUCCAUGUUUUUUCAUCCAAGUCAGAUCUUGUUGCCUUUUUCACAGUGGACGAUCGACUUUUUUGAACCUAUGCAGCAAGUAUGUUGGGUCGUUGGAUUCUUGCGCGGUCGUCGAGUGUUUUUAGAUGGACCAAUGGUGUAUGUUGAGAAUCAAGGGAUGUUUGUUCAUUUUAAAUAUUGGGUCGUAAAGUAUAAAGACGAAAAAUACAAGCAAGAUUCCCAUAAUUUAGAGUUGAUAAAGUUAAUGACAAGAGACAGCUCUCUGCCACGCUUUCUAUCUGAGGAUCAAUUUAUGCAUAAUGGAUCAUGCCUUAAAUAUGCUCCAAAAGAAAUGUUGCUGAAAGGAAAUUAUAUUACACGUUUAAUGAAAAGACAUCCUUCUCUCUUUAUCUAUGUGAAUAGUCAUUUCAAUAAUGACAGAGAAAUUGUAAAAAUUGUUCUCGAACAUUGCCCAAAAUAUUUAGAAUUUGUUUCGAAUGAAUUGAGAGACGACAAAGAACUGGUCAAACUAGCAGUUUCAAAAAAAGGAAACAUGUUAGGAUAUGCCUCUCAACGAUUAAGAGAUGACUAUGAAGUGGCAUGGACAGCUGUCAAUAACGAUGGCGCUGCUUUAGAAUCUUGCAGUGCUCGAUUGUGUGCAUUGAGAGAACUUGUUUUGAUGAGUGUGAAAAGUCACGGUGAAUGUUUAAAGAUUGUAAAAGAUCAAUUCGGUGAUGAUUAUGAAAUUGUAUUUGAGGCCGUUCGCAACGCACCACAUGCUCUUCAAUAUGUUUCCGAAUCGAUUAUAGAACGUCAUAGAGAGAUUGUGAAUAUUGCAAUAUCACAAGACUCCAAUUCAUUUAAUUGGUUGAUUAAUGCCAUUGGUCACAACAAUGAGUUGCUUGAAUCGUUCAAGAAAGACAAGGAGCUUGUUUGGCUCUCUGAGGAUUUGAAUAAUGCCAAUCAUGAAUUGAGAGAUGACAAGGAGUUUGUCACAAAAUUUAUUGAGGGCGACCCAACUUCAUAUCACUUUGCUUCGGAUCGAUUAAAGUGCGAUCGGGAAGUAGCAUUGCUAGCUGUCUCACUCGAUGGUUCCAUGCUGGAGGACGUUCCUGUAGAGCUUCGCAGUUAUGAGCACGAGAUGGAUGGCAACACAUCUGUUCAGAAUAAUAUUGAUGAAAUAACCAAUUGGAAAAUUGUGAUGACAGCUGUCAUAAACGAUGGAUAUGCUCUUCGGUUUGCACCAGUAGAAUGGAGAAAUAAUUUUGAAAUUGUUAAGGCAGCAGUCAGAUCUGAUGGGCUCGCUCUCAAAUAUGCCUCCAAAGAAAUGCAAGAUUGUUUGGAAAUUGUCAUGAUUGCUCUCGAGCAAAAUAUUCAUGCUAUUGAUUAUGUUUCAUCACGUUUACAAGUGUCACCUCAAGUUAUUAAUUUUACUCAAUCAAUUGUAUCUGAUAAGAAUUCAAUUUGUUGA